AUGGCCGACCGGAAGUGCAUGGGUGUCACUUCCGGAAGGGUGCGAAGGGCACGCCGCACGGAAGCCAUGAGCCCCGCCUGCCUGCCUCUCAUUUUCCUAUUGCUGCUGGAGAGGACGUCUCGCGCCCACUUCCCCGAAGAAUCUGGGCCCAUCAGCGUCGCUCUGGAGGACUAUGUCAAGCAAUAUGCCGUGUUUGUGGGCAACGGACUCGGACGAUUCGCCAGCCAGGAGGCCGGGACCGAGCGCCUCCACAUCCAACGGAUGCUGACCAUCAACCGGACCCUGUUCAUCGGGGAGAGGGAUAAUUUAUACCGGAUCAGCUUGGAAUCUGCUACCGCUGGAGAGAUGCGUUAUCACCGGAAAAUGACGUGGCGAUCGAAUAAAAACGACAUCAACAUUUGUCACAUGAAGGGAAAACACGAAGCAGAAUGCCGGAAUUUUAUCAAAGUGCUGCUUCUUCGCAACGACAACGUGCUCUUUGUGUGCGGGACGAAUGCCUUCAACCCCGUUUGCUCCGAUUACAGUAUGGACUAUCUAGAACCGAUGGGGGACAACAUCAGUGGCAUGGCCCGCUGCCCUUACGACCCCAAGCACGCCAAUGUUGCCCUUUUUACAGGUGGGAUGCUGUUCACGGCCACGGUGACCGACUUCCUGGCCAUUGACGCCGUCAUUUACCGCAGCCUCGGAGACAGCCCGACCCUGCGCACGGUUAAGCACGACUCCAAGUGGUUUAAAGAGCCCUACUUUGUCCAUGCGGUGGAGUGGAAGAACCACGUCUACUUCUUCUUCCGAGAGAUCGCGAUGGAAUUCAACUACUUAGAGAAGAUGGUGGUUUCCCGGGUGGCCCGAGUGUGCAAGAACGACAUGGGGGGGUCCCAGAGGGUGCUGGAGAAACAGUGGACUUCCUUCCUCAAGGCUCGUCUGAACUGCUCCGUCCCGGGAGACUCUCACUUCUACUUCAACGUCAUCCAGUCGGUCACGGACAUUUUGGAGAUCGAGGGCAGGCCGAUGGUGCUGGCUGUCUUCUCCACCCCCACCAACAGCAUUCCCGGCUCAGCCGUCUGCGCCUACGACAUGGCCCAAAUUGCAGCCGUUUUUGAAGGUCGCUUUCGAGAGCAAAAAUCUCCUGAAUCCAUUUGGACCCCGGUACCGGAAGAGCUGGUUCCUAAACCACGACCAGGUUGUUGUGCGGUGCCUGGAAUGCAGCACAACUCCUCCAGUCUUUUUCCCGACGAGAUCCUCAACUUUGUCAAGACGCAUCCCCUGAUGGACGAGUCGGUCCCAUCCCUGGGAAACGCCCCUUGGAUCAUCCGGAGCGUGGCUCGGUACCAACUCCGGAAGAUUGUGGCGGACAACACAGCCGGACCGGGCAGGAACUACACCGUCGUCUUCCUGGGCUCCGAUUCGGGAACCGUCCUAAAAUUUCUCAUCCGCGCCAACCUCAGUGCCGGCUCUUCUGCCGCCCGAGCCAGGGCCCACAGCUUGCUGCUGGAGGAAUUUGAGACCUACCCCAGCGACAAGUGCGGCAAGGACGGGACCGGCGAAAGGAAACUACUGAGCAUGGAGCUAGACAAGGCCACGGGGUCGCUGCUGCUGGCCUUCCCGCCCUGCGUCGUACGGGCCCCAGUGGCCAGGUGCCACCAGCACUCCACCUGUAUGAAGAAUUGUUUGGCCAGCAACGAUCCCUACUGCGGCUGGACGCCGGAAGGAUCUUGUAUUUUUCUGGAACGCAACACCAGGCUGGCGUUUGAACAAGACAUUGGUGGCGUCAAGACGGCCUAUCUGGGUGACUGUGAAGGCCUGGUGACCGAAAGCUUUGUGGAUGAACCCAAUGGGCUGGUGUCCGUCAACUUGCUGGUCAUCUCUUCCAUGGCUGCCUUCGUCAUCGGAGCAGUGAUCUCGGGCUUCAGCGUCUGCUGGUUCAUCGGACAUCGAGACCGCAAGGAGCUGGCCCGCCGCAGAGACAAGGAGAACAUCCUUGCGCAUGGCGAAUCCGUGGUCAGCGUCAGCCGGCUGGGAGACCGGCGCUCCCGGGGACCCGGCGGGCAACCGGAAAACCUAUUGGCUCCGCUCAUGCAGAACGGAUGGCCCAAAGGACUGAUUAAGAUGGGCCAGCACGACCUCGAUUCGGGGGUACUCCCCACGCCAGAGCAGACCCCCUUGCAGCAGAAACGGUACCCCAAGCCGUGCAGCUGGGAAUAUAGCCACAAUCUCAUUAACGCUUCCCUGCGCGCAGGAGAACCACCAUCCUCGGUUAUCCUUCUCCACACGGGACACACUCCGGUGCCGUCGCACCUGAGUUCCGGGCGAGUCAUCCCCAUUUCCUGCCAGUCUGUCCUGAUGGACCAAGAACUGGACGGCGAAGGAACAGACCUCUCGUUAGACAUGCGCUAUCUCCCGGUGAGUGGUGGCGAGGGUCUGAGAAGCAUCCAGCCACAGCCAGGCCCACUGGUGCACCGGCCCUGCGGGACUCGGAGCUCGUACGGCAGUGAGCUGCCUAUCACGCCGCACGACAGUCCAGAUCGGCGGCGGGUUGUAUCCGCUCCGAGCGGGGACACGGGCAAUCAGUGGAAUCCCGAGAAGCUAAACUUCAACAGUAACAGCACGGGCAGCAAGGGGAGCACUCACCUGAGGCGCACCCACACGUUCAACAGCGGGGAAGGUCAGGCAGCCCACGCCCGGGCCCAGCGGACGUCAACGCCGGGCCCUCAGCACACCCUCACAGACUACAGCCACCUGUUGAAAUACAGUGGCGCAGAGCGGACUCCGUCUUCGGUCAAAUAG